UGCGGUCGCCAUAUUAACUGAUGGCAAAGGGAGACCUGCUUCCAGCUUCUGCUUCGUACUGUAUGCUGGGCAUGUAGCGGGUGGUGGGAAAAAGGCUGUCCAGUGACCGGGCUGGAAACUGGGGGAUAGCCGACGAGAGAGUUCUCUAGUCGCCUCUAAAGCGAGGGGCACGAAGAUCAGUGCCCUUUUCCCCUUUUCUCACAAAUGAGUGAAUUGACGUUCCCCUUACUCGCCCUCCACUCUUGCAGAACAGAGCUUGAGAGAAGGGACCCGGGACUCAUGCUCCCAAUCCAAGGUUCUUUCCCCUGAAAAUUUCAGAAUUUUCUAAAUUUACAAAUGUACAGUACCUGUGCGUCGUGGGGGCAAUUUGGGGCCUCACUAAGGGAAGGUUGAGGACGCCACUCUUAAGAUACUUGGACAUUAUCUAGGUGGGCGAUAAUCACUCAGCAGGACAGGUCUCGACUGCACCAAGAAAAUGGAGAAACUGCUUCCGGUCACUGGGGCUGGUGGCCUUUAGGACUCAUUUAAGAAAUGUAUUGCACAGCCACUAGGGGGACGCUGGAGAGCAAAUGCAGCAUUUCAUGACCUAGCAGUGGUGACUUAGUGUGACCUGUGUGUAAUGAGGGCAUUGAGCAAGGAAGGCGCUCUGGCGGAGGCAGCUGACCCAGCCUGGGAGACAACCAGGAAGGCUUCCUGGAGGAGGAAAUGUUUCACUAAAGAUCUGAACAGUGACCUGGGGAGAGGAAAAACGCUGAACACUGGCCAUGAAAACCCUCCGGGCACGAUUUAAGAAGACAGAGGCCCUGCAAAACCUUUACCUGCUCUCUGCUGGGGAUCCAGCAGUGACUAAGGUGGACAAAAAUUCCUGCCUGUGCAGAGGUGACACUCUAUGGAGAGAUCAAGAGGAAACAGUAUUUUCAGAAAGGUACCCACUAUGACGUCAGGGGGUGAUGAGAGCUUGGAAGGAAAAGAACCUCCCACUAAGGGGUCAGAGUGCCGAGGGGUGGUCAGAGAAGGGCUCUGACUACAGUAAAGGAAUCUGCCUUUGGACGGUAGGGGAGGGCCGGUGUUCCGGAUGGAGGACACAGCAAGGAUAAAGGCCUGGAGGUGGGACUGAGCUUCUGAGAACCGGAAAGGAGGCCACUGCAGCAGGAUGCAUUGGACUCAGGAAAGAUAGGGGGAGAGGAGGUCAGGGAGUUGACAAGGAGGAUUGUGUAAAGCGGGGGUAGGCACAUUUUUCCCAUAAAGGGCCAGACAGUAAUGUUUUUUGUCUUCAUGGGCCCUCUGGCCUCAAUCCUGCCAUUGCAGCUUGAGAGCAGCCGUAGGCUGUUUGAAAAUGGAUGGGCAUAGCUCUGUCCCCAAAAGCUUUUUUAAUGGACGCAGAAAUGUGAAUUUCAUAUAACUUUCAUGUGUCAUGAAGUAUUACUCGUCUUUUGAUUUUGCUUUUCCGCCUAACCACUUAUGUAAAAAGCAUUCUUGGCAUGUGAGCUGGACAAAACCAAGUGGGUUGUGGUGGAGUGGGGUGGGCUUGGCCCUGGGGACCUCAGUUGGCAGACCCCUUGCCAGAACUUCUGGGGCCCGUGAGCCCUUUGCAUUUUAUGCCAAGAGAGGUGGCUGGAGGCUUUUGAGGAGAGAGAGAAGCUCUGAUGCAGGCUUUAGGAAGCAGGUGAACCAGAGAAGGGAGCAGAAGCAGGGAGACCACCAGGGGGAGGUAAGCCGCAGAUGGAGCCCUUGGUGGGUGAUGGGGCUAGAUGUAGUUUACAGCCCGCGGGGUUGGCUGCUGGAUUGGGUGUGGGGUGAGAGAGAAGAGGCAGAUGAUGCCAAGACUUGGCCUGAGCCCUUGGUAGGGUGGGGGUGGGGGACACCCUUGGCACGCCGCAGGGGGCUUCUGAGCUUGUCUAGCAUCCAGGAGAACAGGCGAAGGGCAGCUGGAAAUUUGAGGCCUGUGCUGGGAGAUCCAUUUCAGUCUCCUCUCUGGACAUGCCUGAGAGGGUCGCCCCGCCUCUGAGUGUAAGAGGAGAGAGGCACCCUCAAUACCCUCCCUCCAACUCCCCAAUCACUCAUCAGCAAACUCUCCAUUGACCUGUCCCCACUUCUCCCUCCAUCGAAAGGUGUUUAAGAAUAAUCACGGACAACAGCAGUGAUCCUGCCCCCCAGGGACACUGGGCGCUGCCUAGGAGGUUUAUGAUUGUCACACUUGGGGGUGCUCCUGGACCAGGGAUGCUGCUCAACACCCCACAGAGUCCAGAACAGCCCCACCCCAUGAAAUGACCAGGCCUACAGUGUCAGCAGUGCCUCUGGGUGGAGGAACCUGGCUCUGUGACAUCUGUUCCAUUAUUGUUCCCAUUUAGCAGUGGAAUUGAGGCCCAGAGAGGGAGAGUGGCUGGCUGCAGGUCACACAACAGAUAAAAAAUGACCAAGCUAGGGAGUGGUUAAGGAUGCAGUGUGGUCACUGCUGUGGCUUGGGUUACUGCUGUGGUGCAGGUUUGAUCCCUGGCCUAGGAACUUCUGCAUGUUACAGGUGUGUCCAAAAAAAAAAAAAAAAAAAAGAACAAGCUGGGCCAAAGCCCCAGUGCCUGUGGGCAGUCAUUGCUCUUAAACUCAGGUUCCUGCAGGCCUGUCUCCUCACACACACCUUCUCUUCCCUGUAAUCCCAGUCUUCCCCAUUCUCCUGGCCCCGUGGUGAAUUUUCAGCCAUAACAGAGUGGACUGUCCUACCUUUGGGAACCAUCUGUGGCUCUCCUGAUGCCCCACAUUCCUGGUUUCCCCCUCCUUCCCAGGACACCCUCCUUUGGCUCCUGGACUAGCACCUCUUCCUCUGCCCCACCCUUAAGCAUGCCCUCCCCCCACCCAGGUCCUUACAUGCUGCUCCAGGAGAGUGAUAAUUUCAUGAUUUCACUUGAACAUGAUCCUGUUCCUGCGGUUCCUCAACUCCUGCCCAUUCUUCAAGUUUCAGCUCAGAUGUCCUCUCUUCCAGGAAGCUCUCCUUGCCUCCUCACAUGGUGUCAGGAGUGCUCUCUGAGUUCCUAGCUCUCCCCUGUCAUAGCCCUGAACUCCUUGGUUCAUAAAUCUGUGGGUGUGUCUGUCUCCCCCGGGACUUCAGUGACAGCAGGGACAUCUGUCUUUGUCACUGCUGAAUCCCAACGCCAGUGCAAUACCUGGCACCUGAGAGGACAAGUGGACUGAAUGAGUGAAAUACACAGGGGAUCAGAGGGCUUGGUCUGAGUCUUUCAUUAACUGAGCAAACAUUCACCAACUGCCCCACCUCACCCUGGGGUGCCACCCAGGGGUGCCAGGCCCUGUGCCCAGGAGGCCUCAGGGGAACUUUGCUCUCAAGGGGCUCCCAGUCUGAGAAAAGAACCAGCAGAAUGCAAACACUCCCAGCCCCUUGGAGUUAAAGCCAAAUGCUGUGUCUGCCAGUGGUUUAACUGAGCACCUACCGUGUCUAUCAUCUCCAGGAUUCAGUAUUAGGUAUGCACCCAACCACAUCUUUCUUGCAUGAAGGUGUCCGUGUUUGUGGUGCAUUUGCUGUAUGCCAGACACCCGGAGUGCUUCCAUAUAUAGCCUCUCAUUUAGUCCUCCCAAUAACCCUCUGCAGUAGGUAUUGUUUAGUAUGAAACCAUUUCCCGGAUGAGGAAAGUGACAUCUGAAGCAGGUAAGUAUCUCGGCUGAUCUCAUAGGUGGUAAAUGCAGGGGUGUGGGGUGGGUGGGGAGGGGGUGGAUGUGUUCCCUGGAUUCAAAUUCAAGUUUGUCAGAUUACAGAGACCCACUGGGGAUGACCGAAUGAAUGAGUGAAAGAAUGGGUGAGUGAGAGCCCAAAUGGCCCAGCGAACCUGCCCCGGAGUCACCUGAGAACCCCCAUCCCCCCGCCCCCUGGGGGGCCAGUCAGAGGUGGCGGAGAUGGACGCAGGAGGGACCGUGGAGAUCCUGGGAACCUGGUCCCCUUUGCCUCAGCCUCCCGAUGGGAAGAAGGUCAGGUCCGGCCAGGGUGGCGCCCCUCACUUAGCGCCCAGAACCCCUCCCUGGCACUACCCCCCACCAAUAGGGGAGGGGCCGGGGGGGGUGGCAGGCGGGGCGCGCGGGGAAGGGGCGGCGCUGGGCUUGGCAGGACCGAGCGGGCUUGGCAGCAUCUCGCGGGCGGAGCGGCCGAGCUCAGGCAUCGCGAGCCCCUCCCUCCAGCCCCUCUGGUCCCUCCGGCCGGGUCACCUCCCGGAGCCCGGCCGCCUGGCGCCCUGGACGCCAUGAAGCAGCUCUGCCUGUGCGCCGCCGCCUCCUUCGCGGUAGGGCCGGGGGAGGGGGCGCGGGAGCAGGCUGGCGGGCGGGCUCGGGUCCUUCCUCCCCUCCCCGCCCCCUGACUACGCAGUGUCUAGACCCACUACCCCCAGACCCGCGAAGGAUGAACUGGGAGGAAGGAGGGGGCGGGAGAGAGAUUGAGGGGAUGGAUGGGGCAUUUGGGGAUACAGUUUGAAAACAGAUGGGGACACUUAGGGGGAUUUAGAGGGCAUUUAAGGGGACAGUUUUGAGGAACAGUUUUGGAUGGGAUCAUUUUUGGGGAAAGAUACUGACAUUUGGAGAACAAUUUUGGAGGACAUUUGAAAGAUUUAUGGGGAGGACGUUUUGGGGACAGAUGAUGGGGUCAUUGAGGGGAUGAUUUUGGAGAACAUGCCAGGAAUUUGGGGAAGACAUUAUGGACUGUAUUUCAGAUCUUGGGACAUUUGAGGGACAGGUGUGGCAUCUCAGGGCAGUUGAAGAGGGAUUGAUGGCAGAGGGUGGUGCUGAGGGACAUUUAAAGGAACCCUUUGGGGUGUUUCUCUGGGAAGACCAUGGGGGGUAGUUCAGAGAGACAUAGGAUGAAUUAAUAUUGGAAAGAUCGCUUUUACUAAGGGGGAAGCUGGGGACCUAGUUUUGGGGGACAGCUUUUUGGAAAAAUGCUGGCUGCCCAUCUGGGAAUAGUUUAAUGCUGGCAGUGAGGGUGUUGGAUGACAGCUGGGGCGACGGACCUGGGGGCAUUUGCUGGGGACACAGGCUUGGGGAACGUUGUCUCAGGCCCCCACCCAGGACCACUUCCCCUGGCAGCUGCGGCUCAGCCCCACUGACCUCGGCUCCUGCCCACCCUGCGGCCCUUGUCCCAUCCCGAAGCCGGCAGCCAGAGGCAGGCGCCAGGCAAGUGCCCAGGGCCCGCGAUGAGAGCCCGGAGCCCCUGCCCGGGUAGCGGGGAGGAGCAGUGGCCACCAGCCCCACAUUGCUCUGGAUGUGCCCAGCAGAGCCAGGACUGGGGCAAAAGUGACGAGCGGCUGCUACAGGCGGUGGAGAACAACGACGCUGCUCGGGUGGCUGCCCUCAUUGCCCGCAAAGGGCUGGUGCCCACGAAGCUGGACCCUGAGGGCAAGUCCGCAUUCCACCUGGCGGCCAUGAGGGGUGCAGCCAGCUGUCUAGAGGUGAUGCUGGCACACGGCGCUAACGUCAUGAGCACAGAUGGGGCAGGUUACAACGCCCUCCACCUGGCUGCCAAGUAUGGGCACCCACAGUGCUUGAAGCAACUACUACAGGCAUCCUGCGUGGUGGACACUGUGGACAGUAGUGGGUGGACGGCCUUGCAUCAUGCAGCGGCUGGUGGCUGCAUCUCCUGCUCAGAAAUGCUCUGCUCCUUCAAGGCACAUCUGAAUCCCCGAGAUCGGUUGGGUACAACACCCCUUAUCAUAGCAGCUCAGAUGUGUCACACAGAUCUGUGCCGCCUCCUCCUGCAGCAAGGGGCUGCUGCAAAUGACCAGGACCUGCAGGGCAGGACGGCCCUGAUGCUGGCCUGUGAGGGAGCCAGCCCUGAAACAGUGGAGGUGCUGCUGCAGGGCGGGGCCCAGCCGGGCAUCACUGAUGCACUGGGCCAAGAUGCCACUCACUACGGCGCCCUGGCAGGGGACAAACUCAUCCUGCACCUCCUGCAGGAGGCAGCCCAGCGCCCCUCACCACCCAGCGAGGAUGAUUCAGGCGAGGCAUCAUCUCAGAACUCUGUGUUCAGCCAUGAAAAGCAAGGGGUCCCCAAGAAGCGGAAGGCACCUCAGCCCCCUGCCAGUAUCCCUAUGCCGGAUGAUCAAGAUGCCUAUGAGGAGAUCGUGCGGCUGCGACAGGAGAGGGGCCGCCUUCUGCAGAAGAUCCGGGGCCUGGAACAGCACCAGGAACAGAGGAAGCAGGAGCUGCCAGAGGCGGAGGCCAGCUCCCUCCACAGCCUGGAGAGACAGGUGCAAGAGCUACAGCAGCUGCUGGUGGAGAAGCAGGAGGAGAAGGAGAGUCUGGGACGGGAAGUGGAAAGUUUGCAGAGUAGGCUCUCCCUGCUGGAGAAUGAGCGGGAGAACACCAGCUAUGACGUGGCCACCCUGCAGGAUGAGGAGGGUGAGCUGCCUGACUUCGCAGGGGCUGAGGCGCUGCUUGCCAAGCAGCUAAGCCCGUCGGCCCAGGAGCUCCUGGCUUCACUGCAGGAGCAGGUGGCUGCGCUCACCAGACAGAACCAGGAGCUGCUGGAGAAGGUCCAGGUCCCUUCAGCUCUCUCCUGGCUCCCCUGCCCCCACCAGAUCCUGGAGCAGUUCGAGAGGGACGAGAUGGAGGCAAACGGUUUGGCCGAGGUCAUCCCUCUAGCACUCUACGACUCUCUCCGGGCUGAGUUUGACCAGCUCCGCAGGCAGCACGCCAAGGCCCUGCAGGCUCUGGAGCAGCAGGAAGCACGGGAGGCCCCCAGAGAAGAGGAGGCAGCCCCUGGGGACAGCAAGGGCCUGGGAGCCAAGACCACCAGAAACGGGCCAAUGGAAACAGAGCUUAACAGCAAUGCAGCUCCGGAAACCAGAAUUAACGGGGCAGAGGCCACAGAUGAGGAGGCUGCAGGAGUGGAGACCACGGGAGCAGGGGCCCUAGAAACAAAACCCACUGGCGUGGAGGCCACAGAAACAGAUGGUGUGGGAGCUGAGACCUUGGAAGCAAAGGCCACAGGGGCUGCGGUCACAGAAACAAAAUCUCUAGAAGGAAACCCAGAGCCAAAGGCCACAAGAGCAGAGGCCACAAACAUGAAAGCAGAGGAACCAGAAACGAAGGCCAGUGGAGUGGAUGCUGUGGGGGGAGAGCUCACGGACACAGAGACCACAAAAACGGAAGCCAUGGGAGUGGAGGCCACUGCCCUAAGGGUCUCUGCAGGCCCCGUCCUACACCCUGGUGCUGCUGAGGCCUCGGAGAAGUUGCAGGCAGAGCUGGAAACCAGGAUCCGCAGCUUGGAGGAAGCGCUCCGGCAGCGGGAGCGGGAGGCAGCUGCGGAGCUGGAGGCAGCCCACGGCAAGUGUGAGGCCGCAGAGGCCGAGGCAGGCCGGCUUCGGGAGCGGGUGCGUGAGGCCGAGGGUGGCGGCGUCAGCGGAGGUGACAUGGGCCAGCUUCGGGCAGCCCUGGAACAGGCCCGGGAGGACCUCCGAGAUCGGGACAGCCGCCUCCGGGAGCUGGAGGCGGCCUCGGCCCAGCUGGAUGAAGCUCAGGCCGGCCGACUGUUGGCGGAGGAAGAGGCCCGGGGUCUGCGGGCAGAGCUGGCCCGGCGAGAGGAGGCGCGGCUGGAGCUGAGUCGGGAGCUGGAGGCGCUCCGAGAGCAGCUGGCUGCAGCCACGACUGCCGGGGAGCAGCAGCGGGCCACGGCUGCCGAGCUAGGCCAGGCGCGGGAUGCAGCGGAGGCCCGGGCCGCUGAGCUGGCCGCGGCCUGCGAGGAGGCUCGGCGGGGCCUGGCGGAGCUGCGCGAGGCCUCCGAGAUGCUCCGCCAGUCAGCGGUGCCAGCCUCUGAGCACCACCGGCUGCAGGAGGAGGCUCUGGAGCUGCGGGGCCGGGCGGCCAGCCUGGAGCAGGAGGUGGUGGCCACGGGCAAGGAGGCCGCGCGGCUGCGAGCCGAGCUGGAGCGCGAUCGCAUGGGCAGUGUGGCCCGCCUGGAGCACGAGCGCAUUGUCGGUGUGCUGCAGGCCGAUGUGGCCCGGCUGGAGGGGCAGCUGCAGGAGCUGGGACGCCGCCAUGAGAAGACCAGCGCUGAGGUCUUCCAGGUGCAGCGGGAGGCGCUGUUCAUGAAGAGUGAACGGCAUGCGGCCGAGGCCCAGCUGGCCACCGCAGAGCAGCAGUUGCGGGGGCUACGUACCGAGGCCGAGCGGGCACGCCAGGCCCAGAGCCGUGCGAAGGAGGCCCUGGAGAGGGCCAAGGAGAAGGACAAGAAGAUCACAGAGCUCUCCAAGGAAGUCUUCAGUCUUAAGGAGGCACUGAAGGAGCAGCCGGGAGCCGCAGAUGCCUCGGAGGUGGAAGCCCUCCGCGGCCAGGUGAAGACUCUGCAGGAGCAGCUGGAGGAGGCCGCCAGGGAUCACAGUGCAGUGGUGGCCUUGUACAGGAGCCAUCUCCUCUACGCCAUUCAGGGUCAGAUGGAUGAAGAUGUGCAGCAGAUUCUGAGCCAGAUCCUGCAGAUGCAAAGACUCCAGGCCCAGGGCCGCUGAGAUCUGAGCCCUGCCCUCCACCCACCAGGCCCCGCACAGGAGUGUCCAGACUCCCUCACUGACCAUCCCCUCACUGCCUCCCUGGCCCCACUGGUCCCUGAACACACUGGUCAGUCUAGACCUGGGCCCUGACUGAGCCCUCCUGCCCCACACCAGAGAAUCUAUGAGUCCUCUCUCCCAUGGCCAGUCCAUGAGGCCCCCCUCCCCAGGAAUAAAAGCUUCCGGAGCAGAGGA